AUGAUGAAAUGAUAUUCCUUUAUUGUACAAGUUUCUAAAUUUCAUUUUUCUUAAAUAUAUUUUCAAUUGCACGGAUAAAAUAAUUUUAGACUUCAUUUGUGCAAAAAUCACUCUCGAUUUGAAAGAUUAAUGUUCAGCGGUGUUGACGCUACCACGGACUUUGAAUUUUACCCAUCACACUUUACGCUUCUACUUCAAAAUUUCGAAAUGGUCAGUUUCACCUUUAGAAAGCAAGAAAUAAAGAUGCAGAAAAUAAACCCUUCUCUGUAGCGAAAAGGCGCAAAACCGAAGGCUUCAAUCCGAGUUUUUAGGCCACAACAAUCUGUAGAACAUCCAGUUUUGCAGUUGAUUUAAAGGCGAGGCUUUGAGAAUUGAAAGAUUGCUGUUACUUAAGAAGCAUUUGAGUUUUGGGCACCCGAUUUCUUCAGAGUAAACCAAAGAAACGGUCCUGCCAUCUAAUUUAAAGCAUGUAUCGACUAAGUGCUGGCAUCAAUGGAAAAGACAGAUUUGCUUUCUUCUCAUUUAAAUUUGAAAAGUUUGACACUAGAUACUUGCCUUAAAGAAAGGUGGACUUGCUGGAUUUCUGAACCUUCUCAAAAUCUCGCCAAAUGUGGGCAUGUUAGCCAUACAUAAUAGUGCUGGCUGCUCACCUCAGAAGCAACUUACUGAAUGGAAUCGGCUCGGAGAAUCUCUUAUCCCUGAAAUUGAGGAAAUAGAGUUCCCAGAUUCCUUUCUAAUGCAUCUGAGGAUAGUUAAAAUCGAAUGGUUUUAUUACGAGACCUUGAUUCUUCCGUUGAUAGAGUUCGUGAUGAAACAUGCUAGCGUGCUCGACAAGAUGGUGAUUGAGGUUAGAAUGCCUAAAUCAGUUGGACCAGAGUGUUCAGUUCUAGCGGCACAAAAACUGUUGAGAAUGCCAAGAUCCUCUCCCAUUGCUGAGGUCGUGUUUCGCUGGUGCAAUUACUAAAGAAGAGUUACCUUAGUAUAUUAUUUGUGACUUUUUAUUUGAGUGUUAUAAUUUUGUAAGUUAUAACUGUCAAGUACUACUAUGUACCAAAUGUGUCCUGAAAGCAUGCAAUGGCUGUAUGCUUUUGAUGGAGCGACCCUUAAUUGACUUCAAAAUACAACAAAAUGGCUGUA